ACCAAUUUCUGGGAUCUUUUAUUUCUGCUCAUGAAACAUGGGACCAACACUUUACAUGAUUAGUUUGUAUUUUUCUUAAGUAUAAUUUUAGUGUCCCGGAUUUACAUUUACUAUGUUACGUCUGGUUUAUGAGACAAGGCUGGGAUAGCACUAACCAUUCUGUGAGCUAUGCGAUGCUGCAAAGCGCACCGUGCGUAGAUCAGCAAAGCGCAGAAUCUUCGCAGUGGAUGGAGGCAAACGGAGUAAUGAAAGAUGCUUUAGCCUAGAUGAAUCUAACGGGCAUUUCGUGGACAGCUGUGUGUCAGUAAAAAUUGACACUUUGAAGCGAGCGCUGCAGUGGAUGAUAUUCUGAUGGGUUGUGGAGGAAGCCGGUCCGACACAAUAAUCGAACCGAGGUAUCAUGAAAGCUGGACCCGAGAAACCGAGUCGACAUGGCUCACCAAUACAGACGCCGAGGCUGCUCUUUCUACUAUCAACAGUAAAGGGCUGGAGGGUAUUCAGAAGGAGAAGAGGAUGAUGGUGACCACAGGGACCCAGUGUGGGAAGCAGACCCUCACCAGCUCUGGACCCAACCACUGGCGGUCCUGCCACGAUAUAGGCCACACUCAAACAAAAAAGGAGUCCAGAAGGAGAGCAUCUAAGGAGGUGCCUGCUCCGUCUAAAGCGGUCCAGUCUGUCAGUGGCAGUGGGGACACCGUCCCACUCAGUCAGGCCGGUGAUGAAAGGUGAAAACAGCCAGAGGAGGUUGGAGAACGAUGAUCUACUGUCUGGUUGAGCUGGAAUAGGCCUGGAGGGUUGAGCUGGAAUAGGCCUGGAGGGUUGAGCUGGAAUAGGCCUGGAGGGUUGAGCUGGAAUAGGCCUGGAGGGUUGCAGACGAGUCCUGAUUCCUGGUGACAAAUGUUGCUUGUGUCCCAAAUGGCACCCGAUUCCCUAUGUAGUGCCCUAUGUAGUUCCAUAUGUAGUGCUCU